AUGGAAAAUUUCAUAGCCACUCAGACUCAGACUAAUAAGGAUUUCAUAAACCAGAAAGUGCACACUAAUGAGCAAAUCAAGCAGUUAGCAACUAAAGUAGACGCGUUGGCCACUCACAACAAGAUGCUUGAGACACAAACCUCUCAAGUGGCACAGCAACAAGCACCUACUGCCACACCUGUUGGGACGUUUCCAGGACAACCACAACCAAACCCAAAAGGACAUGCUCAUGCUAUUAUUCUGCGAAGUGGUAGAGAGAUGGAUGAACCGACUGACCCUAGGCUUAAAAACCCUGCUAUGUUCCAAAGCCCUAGGAAGACAACUGAGGAGGAAAGUAGACCCAAGGAUAAACCAAGUGAUUCGAAAAAGAAAAAGGACAAGGAAGGCGAGACGGAGGAGAAAGAAGCGCCACACAUAUCUCCACCACCCUAUAAACCACCUAUCCCGUACCCUCAAAGACUCGAGAAAUCUAAAAACAUAGGGCAAUUUAAGAAAUUUUCCGAACUUAAACAGUUAAACAUCACAAUUCCGUUUACAGAAGCUAUUACCCAAAUGUCCUCAUAUGCUAAGUUCCUAAAAUAA